UCUGUCCGAACUCUAGCGCGAGGAGAAAACAGCUUCUGCACUGCUCAGCUUCACACGGACACUAAAAUGUAUCAUCUGCCGUCUGCUAACCACAACAGCAGAGAUUUCCAACGGGAUAUAAAGUGCUGCAUCAUGUUUUGGGAUAAUUUGGCAUCUGAGCAUUAAAUAUUGUUAUCACAUUUCAUCAAGUGUCGUGUUGACUGAAAUCCGCGCGAGUGUUAGGAAUAUCACUGACAGGUGCUGAAAAUGGCAACCAGAUACCUGAUGCUUAUUGCCUUGGGGACUGCAGUGAUUGGCAGUGCACGCGGUUGCCCUGAGCAGUGCAAAUGCACCGGUAAAGUAAGCCUCCAGCUUACAGAUUGUGCCUACAAAGACCUUCUGGAAGUACCCGAGGGCUUGCCGUCCAAUGUGACCACCCUGAGUCUUUCAGCUAACAAGAUUAAAGUGCUGAAGUCCAAAAACUUUAUAAAUGUGACCCAGGUGACCUCUCUUUGGCUGGCUCACAAUGAAAUCGUCACUGUUGAGAGGGGCACCUUUGCGCCGUUGAUUCAGCUGAAAAAUUUGGAUAUUAGCCACAACAAAAUCGUGCAUUUUCCAUGGGAAGACUUGACCAAUCUCACUGCUCUGCAUUUGUUAAAGAUGAACAAUAAUGACAUGGUCAGUAUCCCCAAGGAUACUUUUUCCAAACUGAAGGAACUGCGUUCGGUCCGUAUUAACAAUAACAAGUUUACCACCAUCGUGCAGGGAACGUUUGAUGCUUUGAUUUCCAUGUCUCAUCUCCAAAUCUUCCACAACCCCUUCACCUGCUCCUGCAACCUUGAGUGGCUCAGGGACUGGAUCAACAAAUCAUCAAUCUCCAUCCCUGAGCAAAACAACAUUGUCUGCGAUGCUCCAUCCCACCUCAAAGGUACUCAGGUCACUAGCAUGCCCAAACUGGACUGCAAGGCCCCGUCUGUGUCCAUCACAUAUCAGCCAAACAUCGAAAAAAACGAACUCAAUGAGGGAUAUAUGGUCAUGCUUUACUGCGAAACAAAAGGAACCCCUAAACCUGAGGUCACAUGGGAGAUAUAUGCUGGAAACCAACUAAUUACAUUCCCUUUGCCGGCCAUUGUUGAAAAAAUUGAGAUUCCAAUUAACGGACCACCUACGAACGCCAGGUUCCUUGUGUUUCAAAACGGCUUGAUUAUGAAGAUGCAAAACCCAGAUCAGAUGGAAAAGCAAAUCUCGACGGAUUUCGACCCCAGGGCGUCUUUUGUGGGAUCCGAGAAGAACUUCAACCCGAGUGAGCUGGAAGAGGGAGAAGGCGAGGCUGAUGGCGGGGAGGGGGACGGAGAAGGUGAGGACGUCGAGGGCAGCGUGGUAACCGAGUCCAUUCCCGAGUCACAAUCCAAAACGCAGGAGGAGUUUGAAGUUGGAUCCGAGUACAGCGAUCGGUUGCCGCUCGGGGCUGAAGCGGUAAACAUAUCUGCGGAGAUCAACGGUAAUUACAAACAACCCCGCUGAGAUGCCUGUUGUCCGUUCGCUCUGAAACACAAUACAAACUAGGUGAAUACGGACUGUUAUCUCACGUAAUACAGACGCAUUUUACCUCAGUAAAUUAGCAGUAAGUGCAUACGAUGAGUGUUCAUGAUUAUAAACAGGGGUUUUGAGAUUUAUCGAGUGGACUAGACUUAAAUGGACAAACCUAUCUUCAAAAAACCUCAUAAAACUAUUCACUUUCCGUAAGUCUCGUCACUUUAGCAUAACCGUAAACGUACGUAGUCUCAAGUAGCAUCCAUUAAAAGUAAUCGAAGUGCAUAUUGUAUAGUGGACAUCAAGCGCUUCUGAGGGGAAAAAACACCCUCUUUCCACCGCAUGUGUGUGUCUGGAAAACCAGCCAGGUCACCUUGAAAGAAAAA